AAAUCAAAAUAUGUGGAACUCCGCAAGAAGACUGCAGUGAAUUUGCAACAUGUACUGACACAGGAUCAGGAACGUUUACCUGUACAUGUAACGAAGGAUAUAGUGGAGAUGGGAAAAGUUGCCAAGGUACGAUUUCUCAUUUUUUAAAACAAAGCGUUGCCUCUACCCCACCGCAAUAGCAAAAUUAAUUUCUGCUAACUCGGAAUUUAGUUACACAAUUGUGGCUACAUCCACGGACAGUUACUAGGUUACAAAAUUAAUGCAACUGUAAGGUAUGUUAUUAACUGCUUCUUCAUUCAUAAUGCUUUCAUCAGAAAUCAAAAUAUGUGGAACUCCACAAGAAGAUUGCAGUGAAUUUGCGACAUGUGCUGACACACGACCUGGAACCUAUACAUGUACCUGUAAUGAAGGAUAUACCGGGAAUGGAAAAACUUGUGAUGGUAAGAAAAUGUUAUUUCGCUUUGGCAAGAUGA